CAGGGUUCAAUUCAUCAUUUGCACGGAUCCAAAUCAUCAUUCGCAGGGUUCAAUUCAUCAUUUGCACGGAUCCAAAUCAUCAUCACUGACUCACUUCGUCUCUGUCGAUCGUCGCGAUCCGUCCCUCCAUCUCACCGGCGCAUCCAUCGAUCGUGUCAACUCACCAUCGCAAUCAACAACUUCACCCGCCAACUCCAUCUUCGCCAACGACCCCCAUGUUCAACGCAGUCCAGCGCAAGAUCCGGAUCCUGGACGGAGGGACCGGCGAGGAGCUGCUCGGCCACAACCGCACUGUGCCCCUGAUCGAUCCCAGCACCGAUCCCAGCAAAGACCCUCGCUGCCGCAUCCUCUGGUCGGGCCUCUGCAUCGCCGACGAAAAGUACCACCCGCAGGUCCGCAAGGUUCACGAGGCCUUCAUGAGCGCCGGUGCCGACAUCAUCACCGUCAACAACUAUGGCAUCUCCCCCGGCAACACCUUUGAUCCCAGGGACAUUCCUCGAUACGUCGCUGUCGCCGGUCGACUCGCCGUCGAGGCUCGUGAGAACCACUAUCGUUCGUCGCCGGCGCACCGCUCCGUUGCGAUCUAUGGGUCGCUGCCGCCGCUGAUGGAGAGCUACCGCUCCGACCUCGUCGGGGCCCCGGAGGAGUGCAUCCCGAUCUAUGUGUCGAUCAUCGAGGCGCUCUCGCCCUUUGUCGACGGCUUCGUCAUCGAGACGAUUUCGUCCAUUGGCGAAAUGGCGAUGGCUCUGGAUGCCUUUGACCAGGCCUUUGGACACAUCCCCGCCCGGCCCGUCCUGGCCUCCUUCACCAUCCAGACAGAGGGCAAGCUACGGAGUCUCGAGAGCUUUGACCAGGCGGCUUUGGCCGUUCUGGAGCGACCUCGGGGACCCCCGAGCUUCCUCGCAGCGAUUCUGGUCAACUGCUGCACACCCGAGUCCGUCGCUGCCGCCUUUGACUCGAUCGGAAGCGACCUCGCCGACGGCCUGCGGGGGAGUGGCAUUGCCCUGGGAGCCUUUGCGAAUGCCCUCGAGCCUGUGCCCGAAGGAUGGACGAUGGCCGACAACCCCGAGCCUGCCUAUGUACGCCAGACGAUCACACCCGCCGUCUAUGCGGCCUUUGCGGCGGAGUGGGCCCAGCGAUACGAGCUCGUUGGAUUCGUAGGCGGCUGCUGCGGCAUCUCGCCGGCCCACAUCGAUCAGCUGCGAAGGAUAUUUGGUCCCGAUGGCGUCGUCCCCGAUGCCGCCGUUGCCGGUUCGUCGGGUCGAGAUUAGCAAUCGCUCCAGAACACACUUCAAACUGGAGGUCGAUCGCCUUGACCUAUUACCUCGACCUAUCGUGUCGACCCGUUGCACCGCCCAUGUGUUUGCGGAAAU